UGGAAGAGAAAGGCUGGAAAACAGAGACCAUAGGGCGUGUCAACGCAUCCUUCAUCCUCAUCCUCACCUCAUCCUCAAUUCUUCUCACUUCCCUCUCUCUCUCUCUCUCUCUCUCUCAUCGUCUCGGUGACUCUGGGUUUUGUCUCUCUUCCUCUUUUUCUUGGCCACUGUGGUUCCAAUUCCAAAUUUUCAUUUUUCAAAUUUUAUUUUUUUAAACAGAUAAACUUCACAUCAGGACAGCCAUGACCGGCAGAGAAAUCCUCCUUAAGAUGAAGGAGAAAGUUUUAGGUUCAUCAGACCCUGACUCUGGAAAGGGAAAGAGCAAGAUGUCGCAUCAUAUAACACAUGGAUUCCAUUUGGUAAAGGGAAAAGCGCAUCAUCCUAUGGAAGACUAUGUUGUUGCGCAAUUUAAGAACAUCGAUGACCACGAGCUUGGACUAUUUGCAAUAUUUGAUGGCCAUUUGAGCCAUGAAAUUCCUGAGUACUUGCAGUCUAAUCUCUUUAAGAAUAUCUUGAAAGAGCCUGAUUUCUGGACAGAACCCAAGAAGGCAGUCGAAAGAGCCUAUCGUGUAACAGAUGCUAACAUUCUGGAGAAGGCAGUUGAUUUGGGCAAGGGGGGUUCAACAGCGGUGACGGCCAUUUUAAUUGACUGCCAGAAGCUGGUGGUAGCCAAUGUUGGGGAUUCUCGAGCUAUUGUCUGCAAGAAUGGUGUAGCUAAACAAUUAUCUGUUGAUCACGAGCCUAGCACAGAAAGAGAAGAUAUCGAGAACAGAGGUGGUUUCGUGUCAAACUUUCCAGGGGACGUCCCACGGGUUGAUGGGCAGUUGGCGGUAGCAAGAGCAUUUGGUGACAAGAGCUUGAAGAAACAUCUCAGUUCUGAACCUUAUGUGAUGGUGGAUUUAAUAGAUGAUACCACCGAGUUCGUUGUCUUGGCAAGCGACGGACUAUGGAAGGUGAUGACGAACCAAGAAGUUGUGGAUUCUAUCAUACAAAUAAAGGAUGCGCGGGCAGCAGCAAAGCACCUUACUGAAGAGGCCGUCAAGAGGAGGAGCUCCGAUGAUAUUUCCUGUAUAGUCGUAAGAUUUCGGUGAAUGCGUAUUUCUCUCUGUCAUGUAAUUUACCUUUCUCUCUUAACUCUUGAAAGAUGUAUUAGAUAUGUUGUAUUGAUAAACACCUACGGCAUUCAAGUGUGCUUCAAGUUUCUUGUACCCUUUCCAUGUUGAUACUCUUUGAACAUUGUUGUCGUUGAGGAUUUCAUAUAAUGCUAGAACAAGGGUCUUGGCAAACGUGGUCGACACUUUCCGAAUUUGACUGUAUGCAGACAGAAUCUUUUACAAAUCUUCAAUCAAAAUGCAACUUUUCGA